AUGGCUAAAAAAGCGGGAAACAUGGCCAAUGGUCGCUACAGUCGUAGCACUGAGUCGAUCAGCAGUCUGACGCGACCACAGUUGUACGGAAUUUACGACGCUGACAUCACCAACAGCGAAGAUAACGAGGUCUACGAAGAAGCCAAGAAAUCUGUGGGUCGGUUCCCAAGAAACUGGACUCAUAGAAGCUCUGAAAACCGCUCUGUGGUUCAAAAGACUACGCAUGUACUGUUUUCGCUUGCCCUACUGGGCUUGGCUGGCAUCUCCUACAACGAGCUCAGCAAACAACUUCACGACAAUCACGAAUUGCACGCUGAGCUAGCGUCCAGGCCGCUGGCGCUAGGCGUGGAAAUAUGUCGGAAGUUGAGCUUUGGCAUGGUGCCCACUUGGCUCGCAUAUGCUUUGGAAGGUGUCAUUUUCGGGGCGUUGUUGCCACUGAUUGAGACCCUCUGGGGACAUCCGGUUCAAACAACCACAUUUGCGUCGUUCUUGCGUUCUAUGAAUGCAAUGCUCGGAGUUGCAUUUGGCAUCCGGAAAAUACAAUGGAGUUCAUCACUGCAAGCCAGCGGAGCUUGGUUCCUCCUGAACAUCGUGCUUUGGAUGUUUUUCGACGGCACCCCGUCAAUGCUUUUGGGCUGCCUCGGUAUCGGAACAAUUGCCUCUAUUACGUGCUACCGCGACGUCACAGACUAUUCGCAAAUGUUGUAUUUCAUGGAUUUCUACUUCCUUGGACUACUGCUAUUUGGUAAACUCGGUAGAUAUCUAUACGGACAAAGAGCCUAA